UGUUUGUUUAACGGUACCAGGUACAGGAUACAGCUCCGUACUGCUGUACCCUGUCGCCGCCGUGGCGAAGGGAAGGACGCGCGGCCAUGCCUUCAAGGUACAAACGACACCUCGAGCAGGAUGUGCCCGUGCACGAAAGAACAGCAAAUCGACAAAAACUGCACAUGUCUGCUGCUGGGGCCUCCGCUGCUGGGGCCUCCACAGCCAGCGCCUUCCCUGUGGUUGAAGACUGUGAUGUCGCCGACUCCUCGCAAUAUGACGAGGUUACGGAAGGCGAUAUUUCUACCGGCGACCUAGGGGUACACACCGGAGAGAAUGCCCACGGCACUGAACAAGAAAUGCUGCUAGAAGAGCCUCAGGAUUCAUGCCAGGCUGAAACAGGAUGUCCCUUAGCACCAGCUGCAGAUUUGGACAGAUGCCCCACGGAAGAACAGACAGCUGCACAAGACCCAGAUUCUGAUGGAGGCCCAACCGCAAGUCUCCCUUUUGCUGAUGAAAGAACGGAGAUUGCUGCCCUCUUGAUGGCGUAUGUGAUGCGACACAAAGUUAGUGACCAGGGUAUUACGGAUUUGUUAGAUAUGCAAAACGUAAUCACCCCGGGCAAAGCACCACGCUCCAAGUACCUUUUGAAGGCUUUGGGUGCCGACGUGCCUGGUGCGGAGAGGCACUUCUACUGCCUCGAUUGCCUGGGGUAUGUGGGGCAGGCAACUGAUGAGAGUCAAGCUCGAUGCGAAAACUGUGACCGGGAUAUUGAUCUGGUCUCCUGCCCCCUUUUUCUUGUCAUGCCUUUGAAGGAGCAGAUUGAACGGAUCCUUGCACAGCCUAACCUCAAGUGGCUUCCACAAAACAGCAGAGGGGACACCAUUAGGGAUGUGGCGGAUGGCAUUGAACAUGCCAGACUGUCAGCUGAUUUUUCAAGUCACGACAUUUCCCUGCUCUGGAACACGGACGGGAUCAGAGUGUUUGAAAAAUCUAGCUUCGACAUCUGGCCAGUUCAAUGCGAAAUCCUCCAGUUGGACCCUGCAGUGCGGAAGCAGAACAUGUUGAUGCCUGCACUGUGGUUUGGGUUUUCCAAACCCAACAUGACUACUCUCCUGACUCCUAUCACUAAAGAGCUGCAGGAUCUUUCUGGAGGAUUUUCUUGUUUGAAACAAGGAAAGAAGGUCGAUGUAAGAGUUUUUGCAGCUGCAUGCUCCGUGGAUGCUGUAGCUCGCUGUGCAGUGCGAAACUGCAAACAGUUUAACGGUUUCUAUGGGUGUGGGUGGUGUUACCAUCCAGGAGGCUGUUCCUAUCAAUACCUAGAUCCACCUCCAGAGCGUAGAACAGCUCGGAAGCAUCUGGAAGAGGCAACAGAGGGCACUACUGCGAUACCUGUGAGCGGGGUGAAGGGCCCCUGCCUUGCGAUGACCCUUCCUCGAUUUGACGUGGUAGAUGGUUUUAUCCCAGACUACCAGCACUGUGCUUGCCUUAGCGUCAUGCGACAGUUGCUUAAGCUGUGGCUUGAAAGCGAGUACCAUGACUGUCCCUGGUACAUUGGAAGAAAGGUGUCGCUGCUAAACAGCUUCCUGCUAGCAGUCUCUCCUCCGACUGAGAUUACACGCACCCCGAGGAAGUUUGAGGACAGAGCCCAUUGGAAGGCAUCAGAGUUGCGAGCCCUUUUACUUUUUUAUGGUUACGUUGUGCUGAAGCCCUUCUUGCCACGGCAGUUUUUUAAGCACUUCACACUUCUCUCCUACGGCGUGUACCUGCUCCUCAAAGACGAAAUCACGGAGCGAGAUUUUCGUGAGGCACGGGCUCUGCUGGAGAAGUUUGUGUUGCAGAUGAGAGCGUUGUACGGCACGACAAACGUGUCGUACAACGUUCACCAGCUGCUUCACUUAACGGACUCUGUGGAAGCCUGGGGCCCGCUGUGGGCGACCUCUUGUUUUCCCUUUGAGGGGCGGAACGCUGUUCUGCUUAACUACUUUUCUGGGACGCAGUGGGUUGGUGAGCAGAUUGCCCGAACAUUUGUUUUGUGGCAGCAGCUUUCUCUUUGGGCAGACAGAAUUGAGGUACCAGAAGGAAGGGCAUUCUUUGAGAGGAUGGUCGGUCGGGAGACCAUAGGUAGGACUGGGGUGAGGCUCCCUGGGGAUGUAGUUGUGUACCGGCGACUGAGUUUCUCCGGCACCGACAUAAGGCUUGAAGUGGUGUUAGAGAACCACCUGGGGUUUCUGCCACUACACAUCACAUACUACAAACGGUUUCAGUGUAAUGGCAUUCUUUGGCAUACGGAAUCAUACAGCAUGCCGAAGAGAGUCAACUGUGUUGCUCAACUGCAGGAUGCUUCAGUUGGCAUCGUUCAAGCGCUUGCCGUGUUUGACGGGAGCCCUACACAACUGCAUCCCCAAUACUUGGUGCUCAUUGAAAAACUUCAGCUGGUGAGGAAUGUUCCCUUCAUGGACACCCAGCUCGGGAUUUCCUUUGCAGCAGUACGAGAGGGGACACGAACAGGCAUUGUGACAGCGUGCAGUCCCAAUGCUCUAAAGAGAAAGUGUGUUAUCAUGGAGCGUACUGCUGCAAGCUUUUUUGUUGUUGCUCUCCCUAACCAAGUGGAGCGCGAUUAAGGAUGGCAACAACUGAAUUCCCACGGAUAGCACAAGCUUUUCAUGAAUAAAACCGGUGUCUACUAUCCCAAUAAUCGCCACUUACGGCUGCUACCAGGAUAUAUGGAAGCGGUCUAGCAAAUCACAAUCGUCGGUAACA